CGUCGCCAGGCAUCACGAAGCGCUGCUGAAGGAGCCGAGAGGGAAAACACAGGCAGUGAGAGAGAGAGAGAGAGAGAGAGAGGGAAGGAAGAAGGAAGGAAGGAAGGAAGAGAGGGCAGAAGUUGGAUGGUGCCUUUCUUUGUCGCCGUGUCUCUGCGUCCACGAAUAACGACCGAGCUCCGCCGUGACCCGUGAAGUCGUAACGUCGGUCGCCGUGUUUUUGUGUCCACUCCUCCGGCUUCCAUCUCACAAACGGUCCCUGGCCCCUGUUCCGGGCACGACCAUGGAGGAGACGGUGAGCACGUUCGAGACGCAUCUGACGGCGGUCAUGGACAGUCUGAUCCGAGCCUCCGUCUGCGAGAUCUCCAAACUCUUCCAGGAGACGGUGAGCGGCUACCUGGUGGAGCUGUCGCUCAACAGGAAGGAGAACGACGCGCUGAAAUUGCGCCUGCGACUCACCGAGAACAAGCUGAGGACCGAGCGCAUGUACGGGAUGGGCUGGGCGGCCAACCGCCGCAACGCCGGGCUGGCGGCGUCGGCGUCGGCGGAGGAGGGGGAGGCGGAGGCGGAGGGGGCGAGAGGGAGGAAGAAACGGAAAGUUGAGGUGGCCCGAGGCAAGUCAAAGAAGGGCCCGGCAGCAGCCUAUGGCAAAGGCUGGCCUGGAGGUGUGUGGGAGGAGGAAGAAGGAGGUGGAGGUGGCAGUGGCGGCGGCGGCGGCAGUGGUGGGGGAGGAGGAGGAGGAAGUGAAGGAGCUGUGGGGAUGAUAGCAGGAGCAGGAGGAAGAGGGGGGAAGGAGGCCAGGGAGAUGUACCUCGUCCAGUUCCCUGGGGAUGAAGAGGAUGAGGAAGGGAUGGUGGAGGACGAGGCAGGGGAGGGCAGCCUCAGCGGUGAGGGGGAGGAGACGGCCAACAUCAAAGAGGAGUUUGCUCGAACAGAAGGCUAUCAACCUGCCUCUCUCCGGCUAAUAAAGGAGGCUUUGAAGAUGGACCUGUCCAACCAGAACCUCCACAGUGGCUCCAGAGCCCAAAGCGAAGGAGACCUGUCGGAUCAUCCCCCGACCCUUCAUCCAGGAAAGACAGAGGAGGAGGACUGGGAGGUGGGCUCAUCAUCAGAGCCGUCAGAGGGCGGCAUGACCAUGGAUGAGCUGAGGGGCCUGGAGUCUGCAUUGAGGGCUGAGAGAGGCCGCGAGCAGGCUACCAUGACGACUUCCCAGCCGGUUAGCCCUGACCCAGUGGUGAAGCGAGUCAGCGAAAUCCGCUUGGCACCCAAGUACAUAGGUCUUGACGGCUUGGAGCAGGAUGGAGAGCUGGAGCCUCAGCCGCCCACCUUGAAGAGAGAGGACCAGAUAGGGAAAGACAGCGUGAGGGCCGGAGUGGAGCCGAAGUCAGGCUUGUCGAAGAAGUUGAGAGAGGGCGACCUGGAAACAGUUAUGACCCAAGAGGAUGCCGUUGAGCAGGGAGAGUCGGACCCACCCCACUUGUCUGCGCCUGGGAGUGUUGGUGAGAGUGGAGGGGAAGAGGAGGGUGGUGGAGACCUGCUCCACUUCUGUCCACAGUGUGGAGGAGGCUUCACCUCAGAGGCUGAACUGGAGGAGCACCCGUGUCCACUAGGAGGCGCCCAUUUACAGAGCAGUGGGUCAGAAGACAGUGUUUUCCCUUGUGCCCACUGUGGCAACACAUUCAGCCAUGCUUGGGCUCUUAAGAACCACGAGUGUGCCUGCGCCGCCGAGCGGCCGCACUGCUGCGAGAUCUGCGGGAAGCGCUUCACACACUCACGCUCACUUGAGCGCCAUCAUCUGGUGCACACGGGCGAGAGGCCGCACCGGUGCCAGCAAUGUGGACGCACCUUCAGUCGUCUCGGCAAUUUGGAGCGGCACCAGAGGAUCCACACGGGGGAACGUCCGUACGGGUGUGAAGCGUGCGGAAAGCGCUUCAGUCGCGUGGAGUACUUAAAGAGACACCAACUCAUACACAACAGUGAAAAGGCCGCACUCCAGUGCUCCAACUGCGGAAGAGGCUUUAGUGAUGUGGAGCAACUGAAAAACCACCAGUGUUUUUAGAAGCUCUCCCUCAGCUCUCUGGCAGAAAUGCAAAGAAACAGACAGAUUUUUAAUUGAAUGUGGUAGAAUUCAGGCGAUGAAUGUGACUGUUACAUGCUCAUCCUGUUCUCAGUGAUUCGCCUCUUUUACACUCUGACAGGAUGUGAAGUGAAAGUGACUUGAAAAUAAAGAACCAGACACACGUGCGGGGGAUUUUUGUUGAGUAAAUGAAGAAGGCAUAGCUGAGAGGGAGACAGUUUUAUACGGCGUUUCUCUGUAGGAGGAGAAACAAAAUCAAUCUCAGACAUCCAGUCUUUUUAAUUGGAGGUGUUCUCAUUUGUAUGUACAAAGCUUUUACUUAUUUAUGAUGAUCAAUUAAUUGUAAAUUGUUUUUAUCUUUUUGUUAGUAAUUCACUCAUGUUAAAUCUUAACCCAGGCCUUGUUUUCCUCUGACAAUAUUAUUGACGGCUUGGUGUUUUGUAUGUUUGUGUUUGAACAUAUGAAGAAAUAAAUAUUUAAAUUCA